GUCGGGGGAAGUGAGGCAAGACUCUGUACCUUCGACAUCCAUCUCCUCAAUCCACAAGUUCAACACAAGAGACGCACCCUCGUUUCCAUACCCCCAGUAUUCACACCUACUUAGCCACCUUUAGCCACCCUCUGUUCAACCCCGUGGCCUAUUCUUCAACAUGUCUGUCACCACCAACACCGCCAACAACCCCCACCUCACCCGGUCCUACGUCCUCAAGGAUGUUAUUGAGGCACAGGACGUGUACGACUCUUGGGCCCCAACCUAUGACUCUGACCUGCGUGACCCGUCCCAGAACUACGUCGGCCCAGCGGCCGUCGCAAGCCUGGUGGCCAAGGCGCUGGGGACCCCAACCAUCAGCCCCGAGCUACGGAUCCUGGACGCCGGGUGCGGGACGGGCCUGGCGGGCGUCGAGCUCGCGCGGCUCGGGGCCAAGCACAUCGACGGUCGGGACCUGAGCCCGGGGAUGCUCGCCGUGGCCCGGCAGUCCGGGGCGUACGAGGGCCUGCAGACCACGGACCUCAACAAGCCGCUUGACGUCGCAGACGGCGCGUACGACGUCGUCGUGUGCGUCGGCACCUUCACCCACACGCACGUGGGCGCCGCGGCGCUGCGUGAGCUCGUCCGGGUCACCAAGCGCGACGGUGUCGUCGUCGCCACCGUGCUCGACGACAUCUGGGAGAGCCAGGGCUUCAAGGCCGAGGUGGCCGGGCUCGAGGCCGGCGGCAAGGCCAAGGUGCUGAGCUCCGAGUCCGGGGACUACAGGAAGGGUUGCGGGGUGACGGCAACCUUUGUCGUUCUCAGGGUCCUAUGAGUGCCUGACUUGGAUUCACCAUGAGCGUGAAGCGUGACAGUGAUUGCGUGUGACCUGGAUGAUGAUCAUGACGAUGACGACGACGGUGACGAUGAUGAUGAUGAUCACGUGAAGAAAAAGCGAAAAAGUGCCAUCGUGAGCUGCAAGUCGAGAAACACUGUGAUAUAACAAAAGACAACAUGGAAUGAUCGGGAUGCCUUCUUCUUCCGGAGUCCACUUACUGGAGCCCAAGCAAACACCGGAGCGCCGGCCAAAAACAAAUAAAAGUCAACUGCCGCACGCCUGUCAUCGUCCAUCAGACAGAGCCGUGUACAUGCAGAGCGUCUCUCUUGUCGUAUCGCUCUCCUCGCCGCCUUUUUGCGCCAUGAUAAUGCAAAUGAAGUGUCCUUGUCUAUGAUGAAGUUGUAGAGCGGGGUUUCUGGGGGCUGGAGAACUUACCAACGAUGCAUCCUCCGCACUUUUCUAGUUUCGUGGAGUCAUUCAUGUAAUUUCAACCAUUCAUGGUCUCGUGCCACUUUCCCCACCGCCAACUGGCACCUCUUUGGGGCUGCCACCAAUGUCACACCAUCAGCAGGUGCAAGGGCUGCGAGUAUCCCCAUGUGCAUCCAUCAAGCCUCGGGUGCUUAGGAAUAUUCGCCAAGCUUGCUGAACGCAUGACAUUCAGAUACUGAUGGAGACUUGAAACUUAGAAUGGGGUUGGGAGUGAGUGUAUCGGAUUACUUACUGUACUUGUCUAUCUAUAGGCAGUGACGACUUACGACAUGCCUUUGAAGUCCCAUUGGACUCGGUGGCACCGACCAACAAUACUAGUCCUAAGACUUGCCCAAAGAAUAACAGGCCUGUACAGUACG